GAGAGGAAGAAAAAGAAAAUCUCCACAUUCAUUCAUCUCAAAUUCUCAAUGUAGGAGAGAGAGAGAGAGAGAGAGAGAGAGAGAGAGAGAGAGAGAGAGAGAUGCCGAGGAUCCUUUCAAGAAGCCCUGCGAAUUCAAGGCUGCAGUUCAGAGGAGCCUUCUCUCAGAGGCAGCGAUCUUCCUUUUUGAAGAAACCGCCCGAGCCGCUUCUUCGGGCCGUAGCUGAUUGCCUCUCGUCGUCUUCGUCUUCUUCGUCUUUGUUUUCGUCUUCAUCUUCCCACCACGGAAACCCUCCUGCCUCUGUCUCUGAGGCCACCGCCGAACGGACGCUUCGGGACUAUCUUGCCAACCCAUCAACAAUUGACAAUGCUUAUAGUGUGCUUUUGGAACAUACCCUUGCAGAGAAGGACCGCAGCCCUGCAGUGGUUGGAAGGUGUGUGGCUCUUUUGAAACGGUAUCUUCUCCGAUAUGUUCCCGGGAAGCAGACAUUACAGCAGAUUGAUUCAUUUUGCCUGAAUUCCAUUGCCGAGUGUGUUUCUGUAGCAAAUCGUGGAGUUUCGCCAUGGUUAAAAUCAUCAAGCCAACAUUUCCCCGUAUCAUUGACAUCUAGAAAUACCACCCCCUCUUUGCCAUCAUCUAAUUUUGCAUCCGGUGCACUUGUGAAGUCAUUAAAUUAUGUUCGCUCACUGCUGACCCGACAUAUUCCAAGACAGUCCUUCCAACCUGCAGCUUUUGCUGGGGCUGCUAUUUCUUCAGUGCAGUCUCUACCAUCAUUGCCAUCUUUGUUGCCUAAAUCUUUUAAUUCUCAAUUAUGUACGGGGCCCAUAAGUAGCAGGGAAUCUUCUGAGGGGAAAGAAAUUUCUAGUUCGCCUUCUUUGAACUCAUCAGGUCCUGGAGUAUUUGAUGAGGAUGAGGAUAUUAAGUAUAUUGCCAUUGAUGCCCUUAAAUGGCGAUGGUCUGGGGAUGGAGAACAACAGUCAUCAUCUAUGAUUACAGAAAGUGAUGGUGUUGCAAGGGGGCUAGACAUUUGGACACACAGUUUUGCAGAUAUUGGUACUGCAGCUCUACUUGUUGGGGAUAUGGAGGCCAAAAUGAAGGGCUGGCCUUGGAAAUAUUCUAGCACUCGAGAUAUAUCUGACCUUGAUAAACCCUUGCAACCUUCGACAGUCAUGACGGCCACUAGUUUUGCCUCAUCUACUUCUCAUUUGAGAACAAUAACUGCUUUCAAACGGCUAAAAUCAGGCACAUUUCAAGUUUGGGAGGAUGCACCCGUGGGCACAUUCCGACCACGUGCCCGCCGUCUUUUUCAGUAUAGACACUACAGCGAACAGCAACCUUUGCGGUUGAAUCCUGUGGAAGUUUCCGAUGUUAUAACGGAUUUUUGCUUGGAGAUGUCUUCACCAAACACAAAUCUUAUGACGAUGUCAUCCGGCUUAACCAACCAUAGCAGAAAGCCGCCCAUGGAUGUCACAGUUAGUGUCCUUGUAAAGCUUGUUAUUGACAUGUAUGUGUUGGAUUCUAGGACUGCAGCUCCUCUCACCUUUUCUAUGCUGGAGGAAAUGCUUAGGUCUCAAAGAUUGGCUUCUAGAGUUCGGGCUUUUGAUUUGAUUCUAAACCUUGGGGUUCAUGCUCACUUGCUGGAGCCUAUGUUACAAGAAGAUCCUCCCAUGAUCGAAGAAGAGGAACCUUCUCAAGAACAAAAUUUUAGUGACAAGAGACCAGGUGUGGUACUAGUCAAGGAAAAUGCUGAAUCUGGCAAACAGAAGACAGCAUCCUUGGCUAUUGAUAAUUUUCAGUCAUGGAUUUUGAGUAUCCUUCAUGAAAUUCUUCUUCUACUUGUUCAGAGAGAAGAGAGGGAAGAAACCAUCUGGUCAUCUGCACUCAGUUGUUUACUUUACCUCGUUUGUGAUAGAGGAAAAAUCUGGAGGAACAGAUUGGAAGGUCUUGACAUAAGGGUUAUUAAGGUGCUUCUGGAGAUAAGUAGGGAGCAUUCUUGGGCAGAAGCUGUCCAUAGAAAGCUUAUUUGCAUGCUGACAAACAUGUUAUAUCAAGUCCGGACUGCCCAUCUGGAUGCUGGAUCAAGUAACACUAUAUUUCUAGUAGAACAAGUCGAUCUGCUGGGAGGAAUUGAGUUCAUCUGCCUUGAGUAUUCACGAGCAAACUCGAGAGAAGAAAAGAGGAAUCUAUUUCUGGUGCUUUUCGAUUAUGUCUUGCAUCAGAUAAAUGAAAUGUGUGUGGCUACUGGAGGUUCUACAUAUAGUUUUGAUGAGAUUCAACCACUUGCCACAAUGCUUACUCUUGCAGAUGCUCCUGAAGCUUUUUAUAUUGCUGUGAAGCAUGGCGUAGAAGGCGUUGGAGAGAUGUUGGAAAGAUCUAUCUCUGAAGCAUUGUCCAGAUGUCCCAACUUCAAAUGCCUGAAUACACUCUUGGAGAAGAUCACAAGGCAGCUUGAUGCCACUAUAAGUACAUUCACUUGUUUAGGUGAGGAAUUCUCAUAUAUGAUCCACAUAACAAAAUCUUACAAGUCUUUGGAAGGUAUUGAAGAUGGACUUGUAGAAGUUGGUUUGGGCCCAAAAAUCAAAUUUUCUUGGGCCACUUUACACUCUCUUCUUCAUUCACAACGAUCUGCUUCUCGCCAUAAUGGGUAUACGUGGCUAGUUGAAUUGCUCGUUUCAGAAAUUAGCGAGGAGGGAAAUAUGAGUAUAUGGUCGAAAGUUAAUACUUUGCGAGAUCAAAUUGGAAUUGCUGGUAAUCAGGAUUCUUCAACUGCAUCAUCAGUGACAUUACCUGUUUCGAUCAUGGUUGGGCUACUAAAAUCAAAACACAACUUUAUCAGAAGGGGCUUCCUUUUUGUUCUAGAGAAGCUUCUCAUGUGCUUGAAAUUGUUGUUAGAUGGAAACAAGCUACAGCAUGUAAGUGGUAGGGAAGUCAUUGGUUAUGAUCUCAGCAGUAACCAUCUGGAGGAAGCAUAUGCAGUGGUAGACAUAAUGAGUAGUGCUUUGUCCUUGGUGGCACAAAUACAUGAAACAGAUUGUAUCAAUAUUUUGAAGAUGUGUGACAUGUUAUUUUCUCAAUUAUGCCUGAGAGUCCUCCCUGGAGCUGGAAUGCGUCCUGGUGAUCUUGGUUGCCUUGAUAACCUACUCAAUUUUACAGAUGAGAAUGGCAAGGUUGAUCAAGUUCCACAUCUCCCUCAACAAGAAAUGAAUCAAUGCGGAGAUGAAUUCUUGGGAAAUAUUCACAGCAGAACAAGCCUCGAUCACCCUCGAAUUUGCGAGACAGCAUCCUUGGCAGCAUUGCUUCUGAGGGGACAUGCUUCUGUUCCCAUGCAUCUGGUGGAACGUGUUCCUUCUGCUUUGUUUUACUGGCCAUUGAUUCAGCUUGCGGGUGCAGCAACUGAUGACAUUGCAUUAGGCCUUGCUGUUGGUAGCAGAGGAAGGGGGGAUCUACCUGGCAUGACUUCAGACAUUCGGGCAGCUCUUCUUUUACUUUUGAUUGGUAAGUGCAAUGAUCCCUCUGCAUUUCUAGACGUUGGAGGAGAAGAGUUCUUCAGGAGACUUCUAGAUGAUAUGAACCCAAGGGUAGCAUAUUACUCUUCAUCAUUCCUCUUGAAGAGAAUGAUGACAGAAGAACCUGAGAAGUACCAGCGCAUGCUGCAAAGUCUAGUUUUCAAAGCACAGCAGAGCAACAAUGAAAAGCUGUUGGAGAAUCCAUACCUGCAGAUGCGUGGUAUAAUUCAACUGUCAAAUGACCUUGGAACUCGGCUAUAAUAUUACCGACCCGGAAUCGAAUUUUGUUGCAGGUGUUCAAAUGGAAGCUUUAAACUUGCACUAUGGCUAGAAGCAGCAGUCAAAGUGCUUGGCGUACUGGAAAUUGUGGAGUAACUUCAUUCAUUGAUUGUUUCUAUUAUUUAUUUUCGCCACCAAACAUAGUCAGAUUGAAUGUCAAACGCUAUUUUGUUAUGUUCAGGUACGCCAUCCCAACCCUACCAGUUCAUAUUGAGGAGAGAUUAUGUGAUAGCUGACCAAGGAUACAUACAAUACUGUUAGGUCCUCAGUCUAUAAAACCACGGUCCAUGGUCUGUUGUCCUGGCUUUUGAUCUUAUGGGCGAGAUGCCCCAAAAAUUCCCUCUAAUUAAACAAUCCUGAAAUAGGUAUUUCUCUGGGGAAAUCUCAGCAAGCAGCCAAAUUAACCCUAUAUUCUGUCAUAUGAAUGAAACACAUUUGUAACCUUCAACAGCAAGAUGGCAGAAGAUUGAAAAUGGUUUGAAUCUUCUAGCUAGGAUAGUUUUGGGGGGCAUCAUCCAUCCAUGUCAUGACCCAUCAGAUCACAUUCACUCCACUAGUGUAAUUCCUCUCUACAUAUUGCUUUACUAUAUUUGCUAUAACAAUACAUGCAAGUUGUGUAAUGAUUUGUUCUUUGCCUUUUUUUUAUGUGAAAGCAGUUCUCAGUUUUGGGUUAGAAGCUACUUGUUCUUGCUGGCGUUUGAAGAUGGGCUUUCCUUGUACAAACUGAGUUGCCUUUUUAGCCAUUUUAACUUCGUAAUCCUAUCUUGAAAGCCGAGAUACAUGUGUAGUUUUUUCAUGAAGCUUCUUUGGACAAUGAAAUUCCAUCUGUCUUAUUUCCUAAAUGACUGGAUCUUUUUUAAUUAUGGCCGAGAACAGCUGCUUGAUCUUGUACUUUAUUGAAAUCUAGGAGCUAAAAUGCGGUAAGAGAAGGUCAAAUCCUACUAUGCCA